GGCUCAGGUACUGAACCGAACAGAACGGUUCGAUUUUAAUAAUACUUCCAAGCGUAUGAGGUUGGUUUUGAACGUUCUCAUUCUCAUCAUCUCCUUCUGUAGCAGUUUCCACUAGACCGAAGCUGCUGUGCCGCCUUCUUCAUACUCUAGUUUGUUGCUGGACACCUCUGAUGGGUCCUUUUACAUUAGCUAUCGAUGCAAGAGGCUCUUCCAAGGUCCCUUCAGAUGCACCAAUUCGGAAAAUGCAAAACUCUUCGCACAUGGAAACAAGAAAGCCUUUUGCAUCCAUGAGAGUGCAAGAAGAAAAACAAUUCGAUUUUUUGCGUGCUUUAUUUGAGGGAGUUAUAGCAGGAGGUACAGCUGGUGUUGUAGUUGAAACGGCAUUAUAUCCAAUCGACACAAUAAAGACAAGGCUUCAGGCAGCUCAUGGUGGUGGAAAAAUAAUUUUGAAGGGUCUUUACUCUGGAUUGGCUGGAAAUCUUGCUGGUGUCUUACCGGCUUCUGCAUUAUUUGUUGGAGUGUAUGAGCCUACAAAGCAGAAAUUGUUGAGGAUGUUUCCUGAAAAUCUUAGUGCUGUAGCUCAUCUAACUGCAGGUGCCAUUGGAGGGGUUGCUGCUUCUCUAAUUCGUGUUCCAACAGAGGUUGUUAAGCAAAGAAUGCAGACUGGGCAAUUUGCCUCAGCCCCUGAUGCUGUCCGCCUCAUUGUCUCUAAGGAAGGUUUUAAGGGGCUCUAUGCGGGAUAUGGGUCAUUUUUACUGCGAGAUUUGCCAUUUGAUGCGAUUCAGUUUUGUAUCUAUGAACAACUUCGGUUAGGGUAUAAAGUGGCGGCACGGAGAGAAUUGAAUGAUCCAGAAAAUGCUAUCAUUGGUGCUUUUGCUGGAGCACUAACUGGAGCUAUAACUACACCACUUGAUGUGAUUAAGACAAGGUUAAUGGUUCAGGGUUCUGCUAACCAGUACAACGGGAUCUUUGAUUGUGUUCAAACUCUUGUUAGAGAAGAAGGACCUACUGCUCUUCUCAAGGGGAUAGAGCCAAGAGUUUUGUGGAUAGGCAUUGGUGGUUCAAUCUUCUUUGGUGUAUUAGAAAGCACAAAGCGGUUUCUUGUUCAGAGGCGUCCUACACCUAGUCAAGAGUCAAAACAGGAUUAAAAAAUAGUGCUUGCUGCUUUGUUGCAACUGGCCUCACACGCACACCGAAAUAGACAUCGGAUUACUACACAUCGCAAAGGCUUCAGUGGGAUUGAUUCAACUGAGGACUUGUGAAGGAAUCUGACAAUCCCUUUCAAUGAGCCAUUCUCAUUCUGAUUGACAUUAAAGUAGUUCAUCGAUGUUGACAUUUAUGUAUAACAGGAAAUGCAAGUGAGGUUUCUAUGUAGGUUGAUUUCUUUCAUAGGAAAGCAAUUCGCUUUGGUAAUGAAGCCUUUUUGGCUGAUCAAUGAAAACUAUUUCCCAAUAGCUAGCUAGCCGGAUCUUUAGAUGUUCUACUUUGUGCAUCAUUUACGCUCUAUGCUAAGUGCUAACAAUGGAAUUUCUUGUUUGCUCUA